AUGUCUUCCUCGACUGUCCUUAUCACCGGUGCCAACCGAGGCAUCGGUCAGGGUUUCACCAAGACCUUCCUCGCUAAGCCCUCUACCACUGUUGUGGUGGCUGUGAGAAACCCAGAGCAUCCCACUUCCAAGGCCCUCCAGGAUCUGCCCAAGGCGGAUGGAUCUAAGCUGGUCACGAUCCAGCUCGACUCGACAAAGCCCGAGGAUGCGGCAACUGCUGUUGCAAAGCUCAAGAGCGAGCACGGCAUUUCCUCCUUGGAUAUCGUCAUCGCAAACGCGGGCAUCGCUCAAGAUGGUGGCCGUGUUCGCGAGACCACUAUUGACAACAUCAACCGCCACCAUCAAGUCAACACGGUUGCCCCUAUUGCCCUCUUUCAGGCUACCGCCGACCUCCUCCAGGCCAGCAAGACCGGCAACCCCAUCUUUGUCGCUAUCUCCACUCUUAUCGGCUCCAUCGGCUCCAUGGAGGCAUUGGCCGCUUUCCCAUCCACGCACAGCCCAUACGGUGGCAGCAAGGCGGAACUGAACUGGUUCAUCCGCCGCCUUCACUUUGAGGAGCCCUGGCUGACCAGUUUCGUCUUCCACCCCGGCUUGGUUGAGACUGAUCUUGCCGCAGGAGCUGUUGCAAAGGCUGGUGUCAAACUGGCCGAUAUUGGCGCAAUCUCUGUCGAGACGAGCGUGACUGCCAUGGUGAGCACCAUUGACAAGGCUACCAGGGACAUUAGCGGCACCUUCCAGAACUAUGACGGAACUAAGUUGCCUUGGUAG